AUGCGUCCAACUAAUCGUCGACUUUACUGCGAAUACCAUCCUCCUCCUGGUCGUCCAAUUCGCAAUACGCCAUUCUAUCCAGUCCUUUAUUCCAUGGAUUCUAUAGAAAAUAACAGAACUGUUAUUUCAUCACUACGACCUCGGUCGUCGUCAUAUCAUAGAUUUUUGUCAGCUAGCCAGUCACAGUCCGUUCAAUUAAUGUCUACUAAGUCAAGCGAUUGGCAGCCUUCAGCAAGUCUUAGUAUUACUACUUCAAAUAAAGCGGCAGAAGCAUCAGCUCCAGAAAUGGGAGCUGUUGCGGCGAGCAUGCCGAACUCGUCGAGCUCGCGUGCUCGACGGGCCGAGACUCACGUUAACGUCUCUUCGAUACUCGAAGCUAUUUCUACAGCUAAACUGACUAUUGUUCAUUCUGGAGAGGAGUCCGAAGUAAAUGCUUGUCUGAAUGUGAUCAAAACUUGUGGAUACGCUGGAAACGUUGAGGUAACUCGCUUGCGUGUGAACGGACCAGCAAAAGAUCGGCUUCAGCUUAUCACGUUGAGAAAUCAGUGGCCACUCGUGUUUGUUAAAGGCGACGCAGUUGGUGGCGUGGAAGAGCUGAAGAAGUUAGCAAAUAAACGUAUAUUAGCAGAAUGGCUCAAGGAUCAUCAAUAUGAUCUCAUUGUGAUUGGUGGAGGUUCAGGAGGCCUUGCAGCUGCAAAAAUGGCGGCGAGUCAUGGCAAAAAAGUAGCCGUUUUGGAUUUUGUAAAGCCUUCUCCACAAGGAUCUACGUGGGGCCUGGGCGGAACUUGUGUGAACGUCGGGUGCAUUCCAAAGAAACUGAUGCACCAAGCUUCACUGCUGGGCCACUCUAUAAAGGAUGCUAAGAUGUUCGGUUGGAAAUUGCCAGAAGGCGAUGUUACGCACAAUUGGAAGAACCUUAGAGAUGGUGUUCAAGAUCAUAUAGCAUCUUUGAAUUGGGGUUAUCGAGUGCAGUUACGUGAGCGUGAGGUCACCUAUAUCAAUUCGUAUGGAGUUUUCACUGGACCGUUCGAGAUCACUGCAACUAACAAAAAGGGAGUAUCAGAGAAGAUAACUGCCGAUCGUUUCCUAAUAGCCACCGGUCUUCGUCCUCGUUAUCCAGAGAACACGCCUGGCGCAAGAGAGUACACAAUAACCAGUGAUGAUCUGUUUUCGCUACCUUAUCCACCUGGAAAGACACUCUGCGUCGGUGCCUCUUACGUAUCACUCGAAUGCGCAGGAUUUUUGAAAGGAUUGGGAUUUGAUGUUACUGUAAUGGUUCGUUCAAUUCUUCUAAGAGGCUUCGACCAAGAUAUGGCUGAACGGAUACGUCGUCAAAUGCUGGACUAUGGGGUGAAAUUUGUCGGAGCUGUACCAAGCCGAAUAGAGGAAUUGGAACCAAAAACAAAAACGAAAGCAGGGAAGCUUCGUGUGUACUGGCAAGAAGCACAUGAAGAUGGCACGAAGGUGGAAUCCAGUGACGAUUUUGACACAGUGGUAAUGGCCAUUGGUCGAGACGCGAUGACAAAGGAUAUUGGUCUGAAUAUAGUUGGAGUAGAAACCAAUCGUGCCGGCAAGGUGAAAGGUCGCCGAGAACAAUCCUUGACGUGCCCUUAUGUAUAUGCUCUUGGAGACGUUUUGGAAGGGACACCAGAGUUGACACCAGUAGCUAUCCAGGCCGGCAAAGUGUUAAUGAAACGACUGUACGGUGGCGCUGAUGAUCUCACAGAAUACGAUGAUGUUCCAACUACUGUGUUCACUCCCCUCGAAUACGGUUGCUGUGGUCUUUCUGAAGAAAAUGCUUAUGCUCAUUACGGCAAAGACAACGUCAUAGUGUAUCAUGCUGUAUUCUUCCCACUAGAAUACACUGUUGCAGAAAGAGCGGAAAAAGAUCAUUGCUACUGCAAACUAAUCUGUUUGAAAAACGAGAAGGAACGAGUUGUUGGUUUCCAUAUUCUUUCACCGAAUGCAGGUGAAAUUACUCAAGGCUUCGGAAUUGCAUUGAAGUUGGGUGGAACAAAAGCUGAUUUUGACCGCCUCAUAGGCAUUCACCCCACUGUUGCUGAGAGCUUUACAACACUUUACUUGGUGAAGAAGGAGGGCGAAGAUGAACUGAAAGCAACGGGUUGCUGA